GCGGCGGCUGCUCUGGUCUUUGUUUGGUGGUUGGCCCGCGGUCCUGCCCGCCCCCGCUGCCGCCAUGCCCAUGAAGGGCCGCUUCCCUAUCCGCCGCACCCUGCAGUACCUGGGCCAGGGGGACGUGGUGUUCAAGGACUCAGUGAAGGUCAUGACGGUGAACUACAACACACACGGAGAGCUGGGCGAGGGUGCCAGGAAAUUUGUGUUUUUCAACAUACCCCAGAUUCAGUACAAAAACCCUUGGCUGCAGAUCAUGAUGUUCAGGAACAUGACACCCUCACCCUUUCUGCGAUUCUAUCUAGAUUCUGGGGAGCAGGUCCUCGUGGAUGUGGAGACCAAGAGCAAUAAGGAGAUCAUGGAGCACAUCAAAAAAAUCUUGGGGAAGAAUGAAGAAACCCUCAAGAAAGAGGAGCAGGAGAAAAAACAGCUUUCUCACCCAGCCCACUUUGGCCCCCGGAAGUACUGCCUGCGGGAGUGCAUUUGUGAGGUGGAAGGGCAGGUGCCCUGCCCGGGCCUGGUGCCCUUACCCAAGGAGAUGACGGGAAAGUACAAAGCAGCUCUCAACACCGGUGCCCAGGACUGAGGCCUCAGGCCACUAUAGGCUGGGGCUACCUUGGCCACAGGGAAGCCCUGGUCUUGUCCCUAGAGAGACUCUGAAAAUCUCUUUGCAAUAAAAAGGUCCCCUUCACACACCUGUGUGAAAGCAUGUGGGGGGAGGGGAAGGAGUAUCUGCAGUUGAGCUGCUGAAUGAAUAUCCUUCCUCCAGCAGGUCAAUAAAAUGCUUCUCAGUCUCCA